AUGAGACUAUCACUGAAAUGCGCACUGACCACAAGCACUGCAAAGCAGAGUAAAGAAAUGACAGCAAAAAAAUCUUCCAGCUGGCUUAAGGAGAGCGGAUGUGUUGUUGUAUUUUCCCCCACUCUCUUUCCUCCCAACCACCAUCAUCUCGGUGAUCUUCAAUCUCAAAUCCCAAAUUCUAACUCAUAAACACCACAAACUUUCAAAUGGCUCGUACCAAGCAAACCGCCCGCAAGUCGACAGGAGGCAAGGCCCCUCGCAAGCAACUCGCUACCAAGCAAACUAGAAAGAGUGUCGCGGCCACCGCCACUGGAGGUGUGAAGAAGCCUCAUCGCUUCAGACCUGGUACAGUCGCCCUCCGUGAAAUCAGGAGGUACCAGAAGUCCACCGAGCUGCUCAUCCGCAAGCUCCCCUUCCAGAGGCUCGUGCGCGAGAUCGCCCAGGACUUCAAGACCGACCUCCGCUUCCAGUCGUCCGCUGUUCUUGCCUUGCAAGAAGCUAGUGAGGCUUAUCUGGUAUCUCUUUUCGAAGACACCAACCUGGCUGCCAUUCACGCCAAGAGGGUCACUAUUCAACCCAAGGAUCUCGCUCUCGCUCGCCGUCUCAGAGGCGAACGUUCCUAACCUACCAAUCUACUCAACCGGGUGUUGAUUUUGAUUUAUACGACGUCUCGCAGAAUUCGUUUGAAGUGCUUGUGUCCGCUCUCCCCUCAUUUACGCUUGUACUAAGUUGUAGGAUCUACAUGUACAGUAUGCCUUGUUCCUUGUGAACGUACGCUGGGACUUAAAUCUUAUGAAGUAGUUUACUCCUACGAACCAAUUUUUACUAUAAAUUUGUUGCCUUGUGUCAAACCAUGCCUUGCGGUAUUCAGUGUUAAAGUGGUUGUCCGGGUGAGUUUAACAGAGUAAGGGCCCUUAGUGGGAGGUCACGCAAGGUUGCGAGACAUGGUACAAUAGGUAGCGGGAAGGUCAAAGGGGUAAGCCAGAGGGUGUAGUGAGAGGUAGAAAGUAGCAGCAGGCACUGGUAGUGGGAGGCUGG